UUAUUGGUUUCAGUUGAAGUCGGCGGAUGUCGCAUGCACUUGUCACACUGGGAGCAUGCGCUUCUCGGUGGGGAGAAGACAGCACAAACCCGGAAGUUCAAAAACAAUGUGGACUGUACAUCUUUAACAGAGCAGCGACCUCACGCAAUACAUUAGUUUUGAGGCUACACAACAAAACGGUUCCUGUAGCCCCUGUGUGUUUGUGUUACAACAGAAACACUACAACAACAGACCUCCAUAAAGCAAGAUGACUUCUACUGCGGAAAGAAACGUGACUCCUCCGGUGAAACAUAAAGUUGAAGAAGCACUGGCCAUGGAGUACUUCUUCACGGAUUUGACAGACACUGCAACGUGCCUCAUCUGCAAUCAGAAGGUGAUAUUUAAGGACGUUAACAUGAAGCGGCAUUACUUAGCCAAACACGCUUGGGAGUAUGAUAAAUACAAGGGAAGGACGAGGAAGAGCAUGUCGGACAAGCUUCAUGCAGAAUUUAAACGCAACGUGGGGGUUUCUGCAGAUCUCGACCUCCAACAGGAACCUAGACCAGCCAUGCCAAGUCUUAAGCUGAUAUCUGCAACGGACACACAGUAUUCAGCAACUGUGCUGAAGUCGAUGAAUGAGCAACGAAACCAUGGAUUAUUUUGCGAUGUCACCAUUAUCAUACAGGACAAGAAGUUCAGAGCUCACAAAACAAUCCUGUCUGCUUCCAGUACGUACUUCCACCAGCUCUUCAGUGUCGCUGGACAAGUGAUCGAGUUAAACUUCAUCAAAGCGGAUAUCUUUGAACAGAUUCUCAAUUACAUUUACAGCUCCAAGAUUGUCCGUGUCCGCUCCGACAUGCUGGAGGAUCUCAUCAGUGCUGGAAACAUUUUGGGAGUCAAGUUUAUUGCAAACUUGGGGUCCCCUUUAUCACAAGUUAAGGGUCUUCCUGGUUUGUCUAAGGAAACGGGGAACAAGAGUGACACACCUUCAGAGUCGAUGCCCAUCAUUACAGAGUCUUUCUCCAUAUCUUCAGAGGAAUUCAACCAGACGAGCAAGUCAGGGGGUAACGACUCGGACUCGGACGGAGAUGUUAUGUUUGUCUCAGAAACGGAUGCUCAAACCAGAGCAGCCAAUCAGAAAGCCAACUCAGAGGUCAUUGAUUUGGAAGCAGCAGAUUCAGGAAAAGCAGCAUCAAAGCCAAAUGAGGAAUCAAAUCAGGCUGUUGCAAAACUGAAAGAGAAAGCCACAGCUGUUAAAAUCAAUGAUGCAAAGCCUCUCAGCAUCAGUUGUCCAUCACCCACUUUUCCUGUCAUCAGCCCUCUGCGCAGUCCAGACAGCAGCUCCAACAGCAGCUCUAACAGCAGCUCCAACAGCAGCUCCACCAGCAGCUCCAUCAGCUCAUCCUCCCCUGCCAGACUUUUCUCAGGAAGUGCUCCCAUGACGCCCGCCAGGUCAAGCUUCAUCCCUGAGCCAACGAGUGCCUCCCAGUCCUCUGAAAGCAGUGAAAUAAUAGGCGUCCAAAAAAAGCACGUUUCUGCUUCAACACAGCAAGGGGAUUUCAAAAUAAAGAUUGUAGACGUGUCUGAUGGCAAGUCAAAUCAAACCAACAGCUCUAAUACAGCUGUAGCCGCCAAAAAGACAGUGACGCUCAACAUGGCCACUGAGAUUGAUUCAAUUUCAUCCGGGUGUAAAGUCUAUGCCAAUAUUGGAGAAAAUACUUACGAUAUUGUCCCAUUGAAGGAGGAUCCAGGUGAAGGAGGCUCUAAAGUUAAUAAAGGGAAGAGAGCAUUGAUGGCAACGCCUUUGAAAACCUUUGAUCAAACACCUAUUUCACCCAAAUCCGGCCCCAACAAGAAGAAAUCCAAGACAGAGCUGGAGGAUCACUAUGAGCUGAUCAUGGAUGGGAAGACUUUUUACGUUUGCAUUGUCUGCAAGCGGCCAUACGUGUGUCUGACGAGUCUCCGCCGUCACUUCAACACCCACUCGUGGGAAAAGAAGUACCCGUGCCACUACUGCAACAAGGUCUUUGCAUUGGCCGAGUACAGAACUAAACAUGAAAUCCACCACACAGGAGAGCGCAGGUACCAGUGCCUGAUGUGCAACGACAUGUUCAUGAACUACCAGUUACUGUCCACCCACUGCAAGCAAGCGCACAACCAGGAUCCCAGCGGCAGGAAGGAGAAAGACGAGACGGACAACAACUUGUAUCGCCUCCUGCCAUGUAAGACGGUGCAGAUGAAGGCGUACUCGUGGAGUAACGACGGCCAGGAAGGAGUCCCGGUCAUAUCGGAGGACGGCAGUGUGCAUCACAUCACCAGCGUCGGCGAGGACGUGCACGCCUCCACACAGAGCAGGAUGUUGAACUGGGACGACAUCUUUAUCGAGCCCGACACUCGCAUGCCGCCCGAUGCUCGCGCCCCCCCGGGCUCAGCCGUGAACUCUCCUCCACCGGGAGCCACGGAGUUUGACUUUGUUAUACCAGAGCGCUACUGAGCAACACCCGCUGCUCCAUUACAUGUGCCUUUUUAAAGGUUCCCCCCCGCUUUUUCCAGGUCACCAAUAUUAAUCUGUAAGUCUCAAUAGUGUCAGAAUUAUCCACAAUCAAAUUAGCAUUUACUUACAAUUAAUCAUGUGUUGAAAUAUUGUACUAAUUUUUACUACAUUUUUAGUUCCAAUUCCUGCCGGCUACACAGUGUAGGUGAGAGAUUUUGCAUACAAAUGGGAUUGAUAUCAUUCAAUCCAGACAUAAAGCACUUAGUGUUGCAUCAGGCAGAUUCCUCUGUCAUAUUCUGACUUUUUAUCUCAUUUUAUUCUCCCAAUUUGUCAAAAUGUAGUGGUCAGUAUGAGUAGUGCUAACAAUGAACUCUAUCUCAUGUCAUUCAAUAAAAUCAUACAGGACUUUUUUAAUUAACAGGUUAACAUUGGCAUUUGAUGUACAUUGUGUUUGUUUUAAUCCCUUUUUACAGAUUUAUAUUUUAGGUUUAUAGUUGUAGAUAAAAUGAAAUGGAUAUUAAAUAAUCAGUUUUGUUGGCAUUGUACAAAAUGUCCCUUUUCUGUCAAUUAGCAACGAGGGCUUUCCUGUUGAUAAAUAAAUUAUUAUAUUACUA